CAUCUACUCUCUCAAAUCUCAAGCAACUCACUAUGUUAGAUCUUUCCGACAACAACUUCCAAGGUACAAUUCCCGUUCUUGCUGAGCUCACAAACCUGGAGGUUUUAUCUCUAGAUGCUAACAAUUUCACUGGUGGGUUUCCACUCUGGGUUGCAAACUUGAAACUACUUAUUUCUCUAGAAAUAUCACAUAAUCAACUCGCAGGGCCCAUCCCCUUCAAUUUAAGUGGUCUUCAAAACCUACAAUAUUUCUACUUAUGGAGUAACUCUCUCAGUGGGGUAAUACCUCCAUCAUUGUUUUCUCUUCCGUCAUUGAUGUAUUUAGACUUGAGUUUCAAUAAAUUAACUAGUCAGAUUCCUGAAUUCCAGCAUCAUUUACCAUUUUACAGCAUUGAAUUGAGUGAUAAUAAACUUCAUGGUCCCAUUCCACAUUCAAUUUCAACUCUUGUAAAUUUGGACACACUCUAUCUUGCGUCAAAUGAUCUGAGUGGUGUUGUGGAUCUGCAAGUACUCAACAAUCUUGAGGAUCUUUCUGUUUCCAACACUAAUAUUUCGGUGGUCGUUGGAAGCAAUGUCAACAAUACCCUUCCCAACCUUAGGUAUUUCUAUAUGUCCUCUUGCAACAUCGAGGUGUUCCCUUAUUUCUUAAGAGCCUUAGAGAAUCUUGAAGAGCUAGAUCUUUCUCAAAACAAAAUUCAUGGACAAAUUCCAAAUUGGGUUGGGUUCGUCGGAAAGGCUUCAUUGGGGAAUUUGAAUCUUUCACACAAUUUUCUAACAUGCAUAAAGCAACUUCCUUGGGAGAAACUAGAUACUCUUGAUCUGCGUUCCAAUUUGCUUCAAGGACCACUUCCCAUUCCACCCCCACUCGUACGAUACUUUUUCAUCUCAAACAACAGUCUUAGUGGAGAGAUUCCUUCAUUGAUUGCAAUGCGAGUUCCCUUGAGAUUCUUGAUUUGUCUCACAACAAAUUGAGCGGUCCGGUUCCACAAUGCUUGGGAAAUUUUAGUAGUGUUCUCUCGGUUUUGAAUCUGCGCUCCAACGGAUUUACGGGAAACCUUCCCUUGGCAUUUGCGAAGCCCAACCAAUUACAAAGUCUUGAUUUGAGUGGAAACAAAUUUGAAGGACCACUGCCAAGAUCUUUGGCAUAUUGUACAAGUUUGGAAGUUCUAAACGUUGGAAACAACAAGAUUAACGACACAUUUCCAUAUUGGUUAGAGACUCUUACUGAGUUGCAGGUUCUUGUCAUUCGAUCCAACCGAUUUCAUGGUCCCAUAAACACUGUGACAAGUAAAUUUUCCUUUCCUAGGCUUCGAAUUAUUGACCUCUCCUACAAUGGGUUCACCGGCUAUUUGCCUAGGAGGUAUUUCGAAUAUUUCCAAGCAAUGAAGAGCAGUACCAUGCCUAACAUACAAUACAUGAGUGAUAGGGGUGGUUAUUAUCACGAUUCUGUGAUAGUGACAAUGAAGGGGAAUGAGAUUGAAUUGGUGCGAAUAUUGACUAUCUUCACAACAAUCGACCUUUCAUCCAACAACUUCAGUGGAGAAAUUCCAAGUGCCAUUGGAACGCUCAAUGCCCUCACACUGCUUAAUUUUUCUCAUAACAGUCUUACGGGCCACAUUCCAGAAUCUUUGGGAGACUUGACAAGCCUUGAAUCAUUAGACAUCUCUUCUAACCGCCUCACCGGGAGAAUUCCAAGCCAAUUAACAAGUUUGACAUUUCUCGCGGUCUUGAACCUUUCGUGGAACUGUCUCCAUGGACCCAUACCCAACGGUCGACAAUUUAAUACAUUUGAGAAUGGUUCAUAUGCUGGGAACUUAGGAUUAUGUGGGUUUCCAUUGUCGAAGGAAUGUGAAGAUAAUCGAACAAAAGUACCGCCACCGGUGUUACAACAUGAGGAAGAUGAUUCAGAUUUUGAUGGAUUUACUUGGAAAAUUGUGGUGAUAGGGUACGGGUGUGGAAUGACAUUGGGACUCUUUCUAGGAUCUCUCAUGUUCUUAAUUGGUAGACCUAGAUUUUUUGUCAAACUUGCAGAAAGAAAAUUGCCUAAGAAGGUGAUAAGAUUGAGGAGAACGGUUGCUGACACAGUGAAUAGAAGAAACUAGCAAACAUCUAUCGCGUUGUCAGGUACAAGCUAGGAAGGAAGCUCUGUCGCUAUAUGAGAUAUCUUUUGGAAUAUAGGAUGGGAAGAUGAGCAAGAAAGUGACGAGUAUAGUGGGUAUGGGUAUUUGUUUAGGUAGCUAGUGGUUAUUCGUGAUUUUGCUUUGAUUGUGGUAUAUGUACCCUUCUGGUCUGAUGUUGCUCAUGAUUUGCUUUCUCUUGGUUUUUAUCAAGUAAAUCUAUUAGAGCAUCCCCAUCAGACCCCUUGAGUAACAAAUGUCAGAAACUUUUGGAAGAAUAGGUAUGAUAUAUGUUUUCCGGUAAGUCCCUUGAAUUUAAUUUCUCUCUCUUUCUUAAAUUUGGAGAAUGCUUCUCAGCCAUCGAAUAUCAACGUUUGUCCCCUAGAAGAGAUAACUAUAGUUUUGGAUCAAUUAUAAAUUUGUGAGAUGUUCUCAUUUCAUG